GAUUGUACAAAGUCUCGGGUUUUCUGAGGUAUUCAGGAAUGGAAAUGUUCCCUCUGGUGCUCAGGGCCCUGGUGACGCUGUCGGAGAGAGCCGAGACGGCAGGAAAAAUGAAGAGUCUCCUGCAAGAUUUGCUGCGAUUCCUGUGGCAUUGGUCUUGGGAGAACACAAUGAUGGCCAUGGAAAUCUUCCACAAUGUGCUGGGGCACCUGAAGAAGAGAGAGGCCAGCUCCACGGCUGUGAUGAUGGUGCAUAAUCUCUUGCACCUCUUUGAUGCGAAGGAAGAGUGUGUACGGGAGCGCUCCAUCUGCCUCUUCAGAGAUGUGCUGGGCAAAACGGUAUGGAGGGACAAGAAGGUCAUGAAGAGAAAUGCCUGGAAGGCCCUGGUCCGGCUCCUCCUUCACAUGAGUGAUAAGGCCCCCAGCGUGGCCAAGGCCUCCAAGGAAGCCAUCCUGGCUAUAGCAGAGCUUCUCAAAUGGCAAGAGCUCAAGCAUCUG